GAGAGGUGAAACGCAGCGAGAGAAAAAGAGAGGGAGGGGUAACGACGAAGAGAGAGAGAGGGUGCGCGCGCGCGUGUACGUGCCAGAAGGAACCGACAGACAAAGGAAGCGGAAAGGACCGGGUCGGUCCUUCGGCGAGGAAAGCUAAGGGUACGAAGGACGGCGAGGAAGGCAGGAGAGACGGAAGGAUCGUGGACAGACUACGGCGGCGAUAUACGGGCUCGAACGGGAUAGUUCAGGAAAGGGUAGAAAACGCGUCGGAUCUGUCCCCCAGGAAGGGACCGUCGCGCGCAACGCGAUCAAUUUUCGUUGCGACGCGGGCGGCGAGACCGGAGUAAAGGAAGAAAUGACGACUGCGGCGAGAUACCGAUAACCGGCCGUAUAAUGUUGUCGCAGAGCAAGUUUUACGCUCUCUUUAUCCACUACACGUUCGUGUAGCGCGACACGGGGCGGGUCCUUGCCGCUGCGGUGAAGAACAGAGGUGGUGGAGGCGCGACGAGUGUUAAGAGGAAGAAGAAGAAGAGGAAGAAGAAAGAGGAAGGGAGGGAACGUGGUUGUUCGCCUGGUGGAGAUACAAGGAAGGACGUGUCGUUUUCGAAUCGUUUUGUAACGGAUACAUAUAGAAAGGAACGGAAGGGGACACACGCGCGCACGCAGAUAGACAGAAAAAAAUAAUAAAAAAAAAAAUAAGAAAAAAAAGUUUGUCGUCGUACGGUGGUUCAGUUUACAGUGUCGUUGCUUGACAGUGUGCUUAUUCUUGCCGAAGCUGAACAAGCAAGGCCCGCGGAGGUAUCUCAGAACCCGCCCCUCUUCGACGUCGCAGUGCCUCUUCUCCAUUAUCGCUACGUCGUGUUUCUUUUCGUUCAAAUCGCGACUAUCCACGCUAUUGGAGAAACUCCUCGACCAUAAGUAUCGAUCGACUCGAAGAUCAGACUAUGUUAUUUCGAAUAACGGAUUGAUCGCACCCGUCGCUUCAUUCACACGUCGGACAUGAAAAAUCUUGGUUCGCGUUGGACGGUCCCCGACAUAGCACGCACUGCCGCAGCGCGUUCGUCAUUUCUCGUCGCCAUUUCGUCGGAACGAGAUUCAAAUAGCAAAAGCAACAGCCGCAGCAGCAACGGCAGUAACGAUAGCAGCAAUAGCAACGUUAGCGAGAGAGACGGAAGAAAGAGUAUUAGAUAUAGCGAUAGCGGUAUCGGUAAGGAAAGUAUCGACAGAGGCAUUUGCGUCACGGCGAUCGACAAGAAGAGGGAAAAGAAGAGCGUCGGUAGAUCGGCAGUCGACGUGCUGCACGAAGCGCAUUUAUCCGUCCGAUCGUACGUAACGGCGUCGUCGAAUCGCAUCGGCGGCACGACGCGUUCCGAAUCGACGCCCAGGUACCGGCCCCUAGCCGGCAAAUCGCGCGUUCUUCAGCAUCGGUCUCGUCCUCGUCAGCCACAGCCGCAGCCACCCCAGCAGCCACUCUAUUACACCCCCGCAUCGUGGGACACGCGCACAUUACACUUCAGGAACUGUUAGCACCGAUCAAAAGAAGGUGGCUCAGCUGUGUGCAGCUUAGACAAUGUCCGAAGAUUCUGACUCUGUAUCAGAGGAAGAAAGAAGUUUGUUCCGUCCGUUCACGCGGGAGUCCCUGGCAGCGAUCGAGGCUCGCAUCGCCGAGGAACAUGCCAAGCAGAAGGAGCUCGAGAAGAAAAGAGCGGAAGGCGAGGUUCGGUAUGACGACGAGGACGAGGACGAGGGUCCUCAGCCGGAUCCGAUGCUCGAGCAAGGAGCACCGAUCCCGGUCCGACUGCACAACGAAUUUCCACCCGAGUUGGCCUCCACACCUCUCGAGGAUAUCGAUAGCUUCUAUCAUAACCAAAGGACCUUCGUCGUCAUCAGCAAGGGAAAGGACAUAUUCAGGUUCUCAGCGACAGAUGCGAUGUGGAUCCUCGACCCGUUCAACCCAAUACGACGCGUGGCCAUUUACAUAUUGGUUCACCCACUGUUCUCCCUCUUCAUUAUCAGUACAAUAUUGGUUAACUGCGUUCUCAUGAUCAUGCCCACUACGCCCGUCAUCGAGUCUACGGAAGUGAUAUUUACGGGCAUCUACACAUUUGAGUCCGCCGUUAAGGUGAUGGCGAGGGGUUUCAUUCUGCAGCCUUUUACCUAUCUUAGAGAUGCAUGGAAUUGGCUCGACUUCGUAGUUAUAGCUUUAGCUUAUGUGACGAUGGGCAUAGAUCUAGGCAACCUUGCCGCUCUCAGGACAUUUCGAGUCCUCCGAGCCUUGAAGACUGUCGCUAUUGUACCAGGUCUGAAAACCAUUGUCGGCGCUGUGAUAGAAUCCGUGAAGAACCUGCGCGAUGUGAUAAUCCUGACGAUGUUCUCUCUUUCCGUCUUUGCGUUGAUGGGCCUCCAGAUUUACAUGGGGGUGCUCACGCAAAAAUGUAUAAAGAACUUUCCCGAGGACGGCUCCUGGGGUAAUCUCACUGACGAAAACUGGGAGCGAUUCGUUAGUAACGAAACUAAUUGGUACGUGGACGAGGCGAAAAACAUGCCCUUGUGCGGGAAUUCAUCUGGAGCAGGGCAGUGCCUUCCUGGCUACACGUGUUUACAAGGAUACGGUGAUAAUCCGAAUUAUGGUUACACGAGUUUCGACACAUUUGGUUGGGCCUUACUUUCUGCUUUUCGUCUGAUGACUCAAGAUUAUUGGGAAAAUCUUUAUCAACUGGUACUAAGAUCGGCCGGUCCGUGGCACAUGUUGUUCUUCAUCGUGAUCAUUUUUCUUGGUUCUUUUUAUCUUGUCAACUUGAUUCUUGCCAUUGUCGCGAUGUCCUACGACGAACUGCAAAAGAAAGCGGAAGAGGAGGAGGCAGCCGAGGAAGAAGCAAUACGUGAAGCCGAGGAAGCAGCAUUAGCGAAAGAGAACAAGUUGGCAGCCCAGGCAGCGGCGAGGGAAGCGGCCGCAACAGCAGCAGCAGUCGCCGCCGAUCAGAUCGUGAAAUCUUCAUCGGACUUCUCCUGCCACAGUUACGAGCUGUUCGUGGGCCAAGAGAAGGGCAACGACGACAACAACAAGGAACGCAUGAGCAUGCGUUCGAUCGAGUCGGUCAGCGAACACCGGGUGAAGCAGAUCAACAACCACACGGCCACAACUAAAGUGCGGAAAGUCAGCGCCGCGAGCCUUAGUCUACCUGGCUCACCGUUCAAUCUUCGCCGAAGCAGCCGUGGUAGCCAUCAGUUCACGAUCAGGAAUGGUCGUGGUCGUUUCGUUGGUCCGCCAGGAGGUGACCGGAAACCGUUGGUCCUCUCCACCUUCCUGGACGCACAGGAACAUCUGCCGUACGCGGACGACUCGAACGCUGUCACGCCCAUGUCCGAGGAGAAUGGCACGAUCGUGGUGCCCGUUUACUAUGCUAAUCUUGGAUCCAGACACUCGUCGUACACGUCACACGCGUCCAGGAUUUCGUACACGUCACACGGAGAUCUGAUCGGAGGCAUCGCGAACGCGGGCAAGCCAAUGACCAAGGAGAGCCAACUCAGAAACAGAUCCGUCAGGCCCCCGUCGGUGAACGGACACUUCACGGACUCGAAUCAGAAGUACCAUUACGAAGGUGACCUGGAGAAUCUCAUGGGCAAGGCAAAACAACAAGACAAUCCGUUUAUAGAGCCUUCUCAACAACAUGCCGUGGUUGAUAUGAAAGAUGUGAUGGUACUCAACGAUAUAGUAGAACAAGCAGCAGGACGUCGAAGUAGUACACCAGAACAAGGAGUUUCGACCUAUUACUUUCCGACAGACGACGACGAAGAAGGGCCGACAUUCAAGGAUAAACUGUUGGCCGCCGUGUUACGUUGCAUCGAUACGUUCUGCGUAUGGGACUGUUGCUGGUUGUGGCUUGAAUUUCAAAGAUACGUGUCUCUUUUGGUGUUCGAUCCGUUCGUAGAAUUGUUCAUCACCCUUUGUAUCGUCGUUAACACACUCUUCAUGGCGUUGGAUCAUCACGAUAUGGACAAGGACAUGGAACGGGUGCUCAAGACCGGAAACUAUUUCUUCACGGCAACAUUUGGUAUCGAAGCAACGUUGAAACUGAUAGCAAAAAGCCCUAAAUACUACUUUCAAGAAGGAUGGAACAUUUUCGAUUUUAUCAUCGUCGCUCUUUCGCUUCUGGAAUUAGGGUUAGAGGGUGUGCAAGGUCUCUCCGUGUUACGAUCGUUCAGAUUGCUAAGAGUGUUCAAACUAGCAAAAUCGUGGCCUACGUUGAAUCUGCUGAUAUCCAUCAUGGGCAGAACGGUGGGCGCGUUAGGUAACCUGACGUUCGUGUUGUGCAUCAUCAUAUUCAUUUUCGCCGUGAUGGGUAUGCAACUGUUUGGCAAGAACUAUACCGACCACGUCGAUCGUUUUCCCGACGGCGAGCUACCCAGAUGGAACUUCACCGAUUUUAUGCAUUCGUUCAUGAUCGUUUUUCGAGUGUUAUGUGGAGAAUGGAUCGAGUCUAUGUGGGAUUGUAUGCUUGUGGGCGAUGUUUCUUGUAUACCGUUCUUUCUGGCUACCGUUGUCAUCGGCAAUCUGGUUGUGCUGAAUCUCUUCUUGGCCUUGUUACUCAGCAACUUCGGUUCGUCGAAUCUUUCGGCGCCGACACAGGACAACGACGCGAACAAGAUCGCGGAGGCGAUCGAUCGAAUAGCACGAUUCGUUAAAUGGAUCAAGCGAAAUGUCCUAUAUCUUGCUAAAAUGAUGCGAGCCAAACUCACCAAUCAGAUAUCCGAUCAGGCGCCAGGUGAGGGACCGUCCAACAGUUGGAAAGAAGAUGGAAUUGAUCGGGAUGGGGACCUAGAUCUUGCAGAUGGAGAGCUCGAUGCAUAUAGGGAUAAAAAGAGUGCCAAGGAGCUGAAUCAACUGGAAGUUGCUAUUGGGGAUGGAAUGGAAUUUACUAUUCAUGGAGAUCUAAAGAAUAAAUUGAAGAAGGGUAAACUGUGCCUGAACAACAGCAAGGUUAUAGCAAAUUCAAUCAACCACCGUGACUAUAGAUUGGACAACGAUUAUAUUAAUCAGAACGAGGAUGACACAAUCAGUAACAAAUCGUAUGGCAGCCAUAAGAACAGAGCAUUCAAGGAUGAAAGUCAUAAGGGUAGUAUGAAGUUGUUGGACGGGGAGGAAAAGAAGGAUGCGAGUAAGGAAGACCUAGAACAAGAUGAAGAUCUUGGGGAUGACGGAGACGAAGGCGAAGAAGGAGAAGGAGGAGAUGGCGAAUUAGGGGACGCCAUUAUUCAAGCUGAUGAAGAUCCCAUCGAGCCUGAUUAUCCAGCUGAUUGUUGUCCAGAAAAUUGUUACAAAAAGUUCCCGUUCUUAGCUGGCGACGACGAUGCUCCAUUUUGGCAGGGUUGGGCGAACUUGAGACUGAAGACCUUCCAACUAAUCGAGAACAAGUAUUUUGAGACUGCCGUCAUUUUGAUGAUUCUUUUGAGUAGUAUGGCUCUCGCCUUGGAAGAUGUGCAUCUUCAACAACGACCCAUUCUGCAAGAUAUCUUGUAUUACAUGGACCGAAUAUUUACUGUGAUUUUCUUCAUCGAAAUGUUAAUCAAAUGGUUGGCUCUUGGCUUCAAAAAGUACUUCACGAACGCUUGGUGCUGGCUCGAUUUCAUCAUCGUCAUGCUCUCACUGAUCAACUUGGGUGCAAUCUGGGCCGGUGCUGCCGACAUCCCGGCCUUCCGUUCCAUGAGAACACUGAGGGCCUUGAGGCCUUUACGAGCCGUUUCACGAUGGGAGGGCAUGAGAGUAGUCGUCAACGCUUUGGUUCAAGCCAUUCCAUCCAUUUUCAACGUGUUACUGGUGUGUCUUAUCUUCUGGUUGAUCUUCGCCAUUAUGGGUGUGCAGCUUUUUGCCGGCAAAUACUUCAAGUGCGUGGAUGCAAACAAAACAACACUUAGCUACGAAAUAAUCCCUGAUAGAAAUGCCUGUCUGGCUGAGAAUUACACCUGGGAGAAUUCACCGAUGAAUUUCGAUCACGUAGGAAAAGCGUAUUUGUGCUUGUUCCAAGUGGCCACGUUCAAAGGAUGGAUUCAGAUCAUGAACGACGCAAUUGAUUCCAGAGAGCUCAACAAACAACCAAUUCGUGAAACGAACAUCUACAUGUAUUUCUAUUUUGUAUUCUUCAUUAUAUUCGGAUCGUUUUUUACCCUUAAUCUAUUCAUUGGUGUGAUCAUCGACAACUUUAACGAGCAAAAGAAGAAGGCCGGAGGUUCCCUUGAAAUGUUCAUGACAGAAGAUCAGAAGAAAUAUUAUAACGCUAUGAAAAAGAUGGGCAGCAAGAAACCACUCAAGGCCAUUCCACGCCCAAGAUGGAGGCCGCAGGCGAUAGUGUUUGAAAUAGUGACGGACAAAAAGUUCGAUAUGAUAAUCAUGUUGUUCAUCGGGCUGAACAUGCUUACGAUGACGUUGGACCAUUAUCAACAGACCCAGACUUUCAGCGAUGUUCUAGACUAUCUGAACAUGAUAUUCAUUGUGAUAUUCACCAGCGAGUGUCUCAUGAAGAUCUUCGCUCUGCGUUACCACUAUUUCAAGGAGCCAUGGAACCUCUUUGAUUUUGUUGUUGUUAUAUUGUCAAUAUUAGGUCUGGUCCUCAGUGACAUAAUCGAGAAAUACUUCGUAUCACCGACAUUGCUUCGUGUAGUAAGGGUAGCAAAAGUCGGUCGUGUUCUUCGACUCGUGAAAGGUGCCAAGGGUAUUCGGACUCUUCUCUUCGCCUUGGCGAUGUCGUUACCAGCUCUCUUCAAUAUUUGCCUAUUACUGUUUUUGGUGAUGUUUAUCUUCGCGAUCUUUGGAAUGUCGUUCUUCAUGCACGUCAAAGACAAGAGCGGACUGGACGAUGUAUAUAACUUCAAAACGUUUGGCCAGUCGAUGAUACUGCUAUUCCAGAUGUCAACGUCGGCCGGUUGGGACGGUGUCCUAGACGGUAUAAUAAACGAGGAGGACUGCCAGGAGCCAAACAACGAGAUAGGAUACCCGGGUAACUGCGGCUCCUCGACGAUCGGCAUUGCCUAUCUCCUCUCGUAUCUGGUGAUAAGUUUUCUGAUCGUCAUCAACAUGUACAUCGCCGUGAUCCUCGAGAACUACUCCCAGGCGACGGAGGAUGUCCAGGAAGGCUUAACGGACGACGACUACGACAUGUACUACGAGAUCUGGCAACAGUUCGAUCCCGACGGGACGCAAUAUAUCAGAUACGACCAGCUGUCCGACUUCUUGGACGUGCUGGAGCCACCGUUGCAGAUCCACAAGCCGAACAAGUACAAGAUCGUAUCGAUGGACAUCCCGAUAUGCAAGGGAGACAUGAUGUUCUGCGUGGACAUCCUGGACGCCCUUACGAAAGAUUUCUUCGCGCGUAAGGGUAACCCGAUCGAGGAGACGGCGGAGAUCGAGGUUCAGGCGCGUCCAGGAGAGACCGGUUACGAGCCGGUCUCAUCCACGCUAUGGCGUCAACGCGAGGAGUAUUGCGCGCGUUUGAUCCAGAACGCCUGGAGGAAGCACAAGCAGCAGCGUCUGGGCGGGCCGAGCGAGGAAAGCGACGACGCGGAUACGGAUCCGCGGGUGAGGCAGACCGCGGUGCUGGUCGAGAGCGACGGCUUCGUGACGAAGAACGGUCAUCGGGUUGUCAUACACAGCCGCUCGCCGAGCGUCACCUCGAGGACCGCGGACGUCUGAUCGGCGACGCCGACGUCCCCAGCACCGCCAGCGUCGUAACCUAGCGCCACCGUAGCGGCAUCGCCGACGACGACGACAACGUGGACGAGUCGAUCUCGUAGCCCUUUGAUACUGCUCGCGGGGAGCACCGGUUCUCGCGGACCUUGCGCGCGCUCUCCAUCGACAGCCUUAUAGUUGUAUAAAAAAUACAUUCCUCCAACGAGUUGCCUUUAAAACCACUCAAGAACGCUACGAUCGUUGGGAGAGACACGUCGCUAGCUGGACACGAGCGUGCGAGCGAGGACGAAGGGACGGAUCGUUCGAGAACCGCCAUCACGGUGAAGGAACCGAGUUGCGCCGUGUGUGUACCGCGCGUCGAGCCACAUCAUCGAACUGGACGGGGACAUACACACACAGACACACACAUACACACAUGAACACACGCAUAGACACAUAGAACGUGAGAGAGGAAUGAUAAGGAGGAACACGCGAAGAGGAAUCGAAGGACAAGAAACGAUGGCAUAACGGAGAAACGAUGACGGUCCUCGUGCACCGGAAACUCGCGUGCACCUUGACCGACCGCAACGCGAACUUCGAGUCGACUUCCCCUACAAAAUCACGGCUCGAAGGUCGAUGCUUGCUCCCGCCCAGAAUCCUGCCUUCGAUGGACUUCGCCGGCUCCUUACCGUCCUCCAUUGUUCGACGACGAGCACCAUCGCGUCGCGUAGGAAAAUGCAUGCGUUUCGGAACGCAAUGAAACGAAAUCAGUCACGUGAUGACAAUGAAACGAAGAGAUAGCAUGUUUGCCGCGUUCACAAAUCACCGAUCGACUCGUUUCAUCGACUCUCUGUAUAUUACCGGUAGGCCGAUUCGUAAAUUCUAUCCGCGAUAUUGGAUUUUUUACACGGUUUUACGGCGAGCCAAUUCGCCGAACGCGAAUAAGAGGUUCGUGGGUGAUAUUUGUUACAUGGAUCGGUCAACCCGGUCGUCGGACUGUGGUGUUUGACGGAGAUGAACCUUGAAAACUGAUAAAAACGACGGGACAACGGAGAAAACGAAGACAUUGAUGAAGAUGUUGACGAUAUAGUGAGGAUGAUCACACGGAAUGGUUAUGACGAUUAUAUGGAUCAUGAUGACGGUGAACAAGGAUGUUACAUGUGAAAUGUAUGCGUUAGUUAUUUACAUUCGCUUGACAAAUUUUACGCAAUACGGUGCGCGAACGUCUGAUCGCGUCGCUUUGUUUUAAACCAGCCCCCUGCUUCUCCGCUCCUGUAACUCUCUACUUCGAGCCUAAAUACGUGUCGUGAAUGCUCUUCGAUCGUUGGGGUCCAUAUUUGACCAAUCAUGUGAUUUAUAAUUAUAUUUCGAUGGAUCUAAAACGUUAACUUGGUCGUUAAACUACAUAGGGCAUUAGACAAAAAAUGUUAGGUUAGGAUCUAACCUUCUUUUCACUGACUUGUUUCGUUCACAUAUUCUUCUGGUUAAAAGAAGUCUUUCUUUUCGUUCGAUCGAUGUAACUGCUUACGAAUUAUGAUUUGAAGACAGAAGAAUGAUAAUUCCUGCCAAAAGGAACGGAGAGGGGGGGGACGGCGAAUACGGAAUCUCGCAAUCAUCAUCAGCUAGAUAAUUUACACAUUUGCAAAACUUUACACAGACACACAAUCUUACACGACGUAGUAAUGCGCUUUGGAAUAAAUGAAUAAACAUAAUAGUGUAACGUUAUUCGAAUAAUUGUAAUCGACAACCGUGCGCCCGUAAACCCGUCUCGCAUAUAAUAGUGUGAAAUUAAAAUGAAAGGAAGAAAUUCUAAUACCAAUUUAGUUGCUAACGACGAGAUUGACGCAACUGUCUAUCGGAAUUUUAUACACACCGGAAAGUUACUCGUAACCGAAGAAACGUGUCGUUCGAAGAAUAUUUUGGGUCAAAAACAUUCGAGGAUCAGCCAGAAAGUUGUGUCAUUCUAAUUAAUUUCCUUAAUUACGGUGGCCAAAGACGGAACAUUAUAAGAAAUUGUUAAAAUUUUCAGAGAUUAUUAGUUCGAAGUUUGUUGUUUCAAAUAUUUAUCGCGCAGAUUCUGUUGAAUUAUCGAAUGUUUCGCGUAUCAGAGAUUCUAUGUACGAAAACAAAAUGGCGCGGGAAGCUGCAUGAUUGUCCAAGGACAAUAACGAUGGAACAACCACGCUUUUAGCCUGAAUUACGUACAAUUAUAAACGUUUACGAAAUAAAUCGAGGAACGUUUCGUAAAAAAAAGAAAACCAACAAAACGGGUUUACGUGCUUAAAAUCGUCGUGGAGGAUCGCGUGCCCCGUAAUAAUACAGGGCGCAUCAAAAUUGCCCCACGAUCGAUGGAAACGCUCUUUGAUUGCAUAUCGAACCGAAAUUCUCUCGUGAUCGUGAUUAUGGCACGCGAUUCUGCCACGAGUCAAUCGUAUCGCUCUCGCCGUACAUAAAAUAUAUAUUACUUCGCGCCAAGUAAAUCUAAGAACGCGUGUCAAACGGUAUACACACGGGAGUGUUCGAGAAAAUUCGUUGGAACGCGUCUAAUUUAUAAAUAAAGGCACGGUUUCAUUUGCCGUAUUCAAGUACGCUGCUGAGCGUGGUAGAUCUUUCUAAAGAAAAUGGAGGAAGACGCCAUUUGCAUUCGUUUACGCGGGAAAAUUCGAUAACUAUCGAUGGUUUACUACACAAAUAUUGUAUUAUACGUUUCGUCGAAAUUAUCUAAUUAAUUCGAUGUAUAAAAUUUACUUUGUAAGCUUUUUA